CACAAAUCUUUUCUCUUUACCUUACACAUACAAAACCUUCAAAAACUCAUAAUGUAUCAAUUACCCAUUUCUACAGAGUUACCUCCGACUUUUUUUCCGGCAGAAUUCCCGGUGUAUUGCCGGAGUUCAAGUUUCAGUAGUCUCAUGCCAUGUUUAACCGAAUCAUGGGGUGACUUGCCGUUAAAAGUUAACGAUUCCGAAGAUAUGGUAAUUUAUGGGCUUCUACAAGACGCCUUCAGUAUCGGAUGGACGCCGUCAAAUUUAACGUCCUCGGAAGUGAAACCAGAGCCGAGGGAGGAGAUUGAGCCAGUUAUGAGUACUUCUGUUUCUCCGCCGACAGAGACUGCGGCGGCUCCAGCGGCUCUGCAGCCUAAAGGAAGGCAUUACAGGGGAGUUAGACAAAGGCCAUGGGGAAAAUUUGCGGCGGAAAUAAGAGAUCCGGCUAAAAACGGCGCACGGGUUUGGCUUGGAACUUACGAGUCGGCUGAGGAAGCCGCGCUCGCUUAUGAUAAAGCAGCUUUUAGGAUGCGCGGUACUAAGGCUCUAUUGAAUUUCCCGCAUAGAAUCGGUUUAAAUGAGCCGGAGCCGGUUAGAGUGACGGUUAAGAGACGAUUACCUGAACCGGCUAGUUCGUCGGUAUCAUCAGCUUCGGAAAGUGGCUCGCCAAAGAGAAGGAGAAAAGGUGUAGCGGCAAAGCAAGCCGAAUUAGAAGUUCAGAGCCGGGGACCAAAUGUUAUUCAAGUUGGUUGCCAAAUGGAACAAUUUCCAGUUGGCGAGCAGCUAUUGGUUAAUUAAAAUAUGGAGCUAAGAACUCAACGGCAAGGGCUUGUUUGGCUUUGAAGUGGACAGAAAAUAGCAAAUCAUUCCAAU